AUGCCCGCAUCGGCCAAUACAACUAGAGCUAUUGUGGCACACGAGCCUCAAAACAAUCAGCUGAACUUGAAACUGGAGCAUGUAACCCUACGCGAUAUCGGGCCUGAUGAGUUGUUGAUCAGGGUUGUGGCUGUUGGCGUAUGCCACACAGAUUUGAUUUUUGGAACAUGGCCCUCUGAGAUGAUUCCCUAUCCCAAGGUCUUGGGACAUGAAGGAGCCGGUAUCGUGCUGAAAGCAGGCUCUAGCGUAACGACAGCUUCCGCAGGUGACUCGGUGUUACUGUCAUUUCAGAGCUGCAAGUCUUGCCAGAGCUGCAAGACCAACCAUCCGUCUUUUUGUAACAGUUUUUCGGACUCCAACUACGGAGGGGAGUCUGAUGUCUACACCACAGCUGAGAAUAACAUUCGCGGGACCUUUUUCGGACAAUCUUCUUUUGCGGAGCGUACAAUUGCCAAAGAAUCGUCAGUUGUGAAUGUAUCACAUCUCGUCAAGGACGAGGAAGAACUGAAGCUAUUUGCGCCGUUGGGGUGCGGUUUCCAAACUGGCGCAGGAACAGUAGACAAAGUUGCGUUGGCUAGCGAGAAAGAUGCAGUUGUCAUUAUGGGCCUGGGCGGUGUAGGCCUUGUGUCUAUUAUGACUGCAAAGUUGAGGAAUUGUCAGACCAUUAUCGGUGUCGAUCGCACCCCAGCGAGAAUUGAGUUGGCCAAGACACUCGGAGCGACCCAUGUUAUCAACACCAGCGAUAAGGAGAUUGAUAUAGCAAAAGAGAUCAGCGCUAUCACCGACGGAAACGGUUCGACUGUAACGAUAGAUACGACAGGCAAUAUGGACCUAAUUCGAGCAGGCAUGGACUUUACUGGUAGCAGGGGUCAAAUGAUUAUCGUGGGGGUCCCGCCUCCAGACGCCCUGCUCAAUGUUCAUCUGAUCACCUUUAUGCAGACGGGGAAGAUGCUCCGCGGCAGCAUUGAAGGCGACGCAACACCCUCAGAGUAUAUCCCUCAGAUGAUUGAGUGGUACAGGGAGGGAAAGCUUCCUAUUGACAAGUUGGUAAAGUUUUAUGCGGUAUGA